CUUGCAGUGCCCGUUUCCAAACCCUACAUUUUGCAGACUGACUCCUCACCAAUAGAGGGCACAUCAGUGUGGAUGCGUUGUGUUGUAGACAAAGGCACAGAUCCUAUUAAUUAUAUAUGGGAGCAGGAGAGUCACAGUGGGCUGGUUACCACACUGGCUAAAAGCAACAACAGUCUGCUCAACAUCACCUGGGUCACCCGCAACCACACUGGCUGGUACAGAUGUCUGGCCAGGAAUGAGGUCAACCAGCAGUGCAGUGACCAGAUCUGGUUAGAUGUCUUUUAUGGACCAGACUUACCUCAGAUCAAUGUCACAGCAUACUCAGUAACAGAAAGCCGCUAUUCAGUCCUGGAGAAAGGCAACAUUUCCCUCAUGUGUCAGGCUGCCUCAAAUCCUCCCAGCCAGUACCUCUGGUUCUACAACAACUCACAGAUUGACAGUGGACCACAGCUCACCAUCAAUAAGGUUCUGCGUGUUCAAUUGGGCUACUAUACCUGCUUGGCCCUGAACACUUAUCUCAACACUAGGACCAAGAAAACCGUAACUCUCACCAUCUACUAUCCACCAGAUGGCAUCCCAUCUUGUUCCAUCCUCCCACUGAACAACUACACUGAAUUGGCCCUUUCCUGUUCCUGGGUGGGAGGAUACCCUCCAGCUACUCUAAACUGGAGUCCAUAUGUAAACGGGGUCAGUCUACAGGGAAGUGAUAAUAUGACCCAAAUUCAGCCAGGCCCUGAUACAGCUAACAACUCUGUAUUUAUCUGCCAUGGUACACAUGUUGCACUAAAUGUUACCCGGAACUGUAGCACCAGAGCAUGGCUUCCCUAUGGAGAACUCCAGUGUUCUGCAUAUGUAACUCGUAAUAAUGAGUACCUGAUGCUGUCCUGCUCCUGGGAGGGGGGUUUCCCUCGGGCUCUGCUGUGGUGGGUCUCCAGCUCAGGGGACAUGCAGGGCACAUCUAAGGAGAACUCCAACAUCCUGGUCCUGCGCUCCAGUGCCAACUACAGUGGCAAGGCUUUUGCGUGUCAUGCCAAACAUCCACUAGCUAAAGAGAGCAAGCAGUGUGUAUUAAAAUUGGAGGCACCAGUUUUGACGACCCAGCGCAGUGUGGUUUCAGUGUUUGAAGGCAACGAUGUUCAACUCACCUGUAUCCUGAGCAAGAACUACCCAACAGUCACAGAGUUCACCUGGUACAACAAUCUAAAGCAGAAUGUUGGUGACACACCCACAAAGUACAUCCUGCAGCAAGCAGCAGCCUGGUCCAAUCUGACUGUACGGGAAACAGACAGUACAGUGGACAGUGGUCAGUACUGGUGCUCUGCUGCCAAUGCUGUCGGAGGAACAGAGAUCCCCAUCAAGCUGCUUGUGAUGAGGUACCCAAUGCCUCCAAACGUGACCAUCAGUAAAAUCACAUACAGCAGCAGUCAGCGGACAAAUGUGAAUGUGGAGUGGCUCAUCCAGACAGAUGGUGACAUCACUGGCUUCUUCAUUGAGAGUCAGAAGAAGCUCCCUGCACCAGGAGGGAAGAGUGACAUUGUCUCUCUGUGGCAGAAAGUGGCAAUAGAUCUGGAACCCAGCACCCGCAGCUACCAGAUUAACAAUCUGAAUCCCAGUGGCAAAUAUGCUUUCCGCAUCACAGCUGUCAAUUGCCACACCAUUGGACAUCCCUCUGAAGUCAAGAGCCCAGCUAACCCACCCUUCAGGGCUUAUCCUGCUGUUAUUGGAGCAGCCAUUGGAGGCAUGCUUGUGGCAACAAUACCUACCGUGCUGCUCUUCCUGUAUGUGGUGAGGAAUCGCAACAACAUCCCACGUCUUCAUGACAUGAUAUUUGGCAGGCAGAACAGCCAGUCCAGAGAAAAUGUAAACUUUCCUGAGGAAGAGGUUGUUGGAGGGACUGAAGCAGACUCGGUCCAAGGAGAAGGUCUGGACAUCUUGGACCCUGUGCAAGUAGAGUACAGAGAAACCAGGACCAAUGGUGUGGUCAACAAUGGAGUGAUUCUGGAAUGUGGCACCACCCUCCCAGAUAUGUACAUCUGGGGCUUUACCAAACCAGGCACAGACCAAAUUCGAGCCGUGGUUUAUAACUUUGGCAAGGGUCCAAAGCUGCAGCAACUAAUUGAAGAACUGGGUGACCUAAAUGUCAUCAAUAACAGUGCUUCUCUGUCCAUUCAGAAGCUUCUUCUAGGUGCAGAAGGCCUAUACACUUGCCAGGCCGUGUAUGACCUUGCUGGGAAAGCCAGUCUCUAUUACUACUACGUGUACCUACGGGUUCUAGGUUAG